CGUUCGCACUGGCACGGCUGGACAUGGCGUUCUUCGGCUCCCUCAUGAGGGAGUUCCUCGAUGACCCCUUCUUCAACCCGAGGUCGUCGCACUCUGCGCUGCACCAGGUGACGCGGAUGAUGGACGCGAUGACGCUGCUGGAGCCGUUCGCCUUCACCAAGAUGACGACGACGCGCUGGCAGCCGCACGCGCCUCCCCCGCAGCCACAGCGCCGGACAGCCGCCACGCAGCACCCGCAGCCCGCUCACCGCCCACGCGCCCGCCUGCACAGGAACAAGUCACCCGCCACAGGUCAUACUUCAAACACCUCUACACAGAAAAGUGAAGCGCCAUCUGGGUUCAAUAGAAUGCCAGCCGACCAGUGGGUAGCCUCACUUCGCAGACGGGAUCCAGAUUUGCAGCCAGCUUUACCUGCAAUAACACCUCAAACACGCCGAUCCAGGAAGUCUCAUUCAAUGGACCGUACUCCAUGCCUGACAAAGCGGUCACAUCCUGGAGCAGCAGUGAGUGUGAAAACACAAGGACCUGUAAGACGGAGCAAUGAGGGACCGCCUUCAUUACCAUCUGCAACACCUUCACAAGAUAGUGAUUCUCAUGAAACCCCACCAAAAGUGUUCCAGGCUGCCCAGUAUGAACAGCAUCUUGUUGAGACACUUGAAAAGGAUAUCAUUCAUAGAAAUCCUAAUGUGCAGUGGAACCGUGUCGCUGGGCUGAGCGAAGCAAAGGCAAUACUUCAGGAAGCCAUGGUACUCCCAAUGCUGAUGCCUGAUUUCUUCUGUGGAAUAAGAAGACCAUGGAAAGGAAUUCUUAUGGUGGGACCUCCAGGAACAGGAAAGACUAUGUUGGCUAAGGCAGUUGCAACUGAGUGUGGUUCAACAUUCUUCAAUAUUUCUUCAGCAACACUUACCUCAAAAUACCGUGGAGACUCAGAAAAGCUUGUGCGACUAUUAUUUGAAAUGGCUCACUUUUAUGCCCCAAGCACUAUUUUUAUAGAUGAAAUAGAUUCACUGUGUUCACAACGUGGUACAGAUUCAGAACAUGAAGCUUCCCGAAGAUUUAAGGCAGAACUGUUGAUUCAAAUGGAUGGUCUUAAUUCUAACAGUUCAGAUAACAAGGUGAUAAUGGUACUAGCAGCAACCAACCAUCCAUGGAACAUUGAUGAGGCAUUUCGCCGAAGAUUUGAGAAAAGGAUAUAUGUUCCUCUUCCAAACGAUGAAACAAGAUCUGCCUUGGUGAAACUAUGCCUGGAAGGAGUAAAUGUUGAUCCCUCUCUAGAUACUAACAAAGUUGCUGACAGCCUUAAGGGCUACACAGGAUCAGACAUAAGUAAUGUAUGUAGGGAUGCUGCCCUUAUGGCAAUGAGGCAUAAAAUAUGUGGCAGGAGUCCAGAAGAAAUUAAGAAAAUCAAGAAAGAAGAUGUUGAUCUACCAGUAACUAUGCAGGAUUUUGAUGAAGCAUUAACAAGAUGUAAAAAAAGUGUAUCAGCAGGAGACAUUGCAAAAUAUGAAAUUUGGAUGGAAGAAUUUGGAUCUUGCUAGAGACCUUGAAGUGAUGAUUAUUUUUUAUGAAGUGUAAAAUGACAUGUGAUAUAAUUUUCUAGCAUGUUCAGACUGAAAUAAAGAUUAUCCAUGUAUGGUAUUCUUAACCUAAUCUUUCCCAUACUCACUAACCAUUAUUACUGAUUUGCUCAUUUUUUGAAACAAAAUAUUUACUAAUUGUGUCUGAACUACUUGUUAAGAUUUACUGUGGUG